UUAGUUUUUUCGCUAGAAUAAUUUUACGACCUCGCCAUUCUGGGUGUACUAUUAACUGUCCCGAUUGCAGUUGUGUAAAGGUGAUACACAGAGAGGAAGUUAAAGCACCGUAACGACUAGUCUCUCGGAUUUCCAAGUUAACUAACAUGUUUCAUUGACUAGUUUCAAGAUGUCAAAGACUAUGUGAUGAUGAUUCCGGUAGUAGAUUUUAAAGAUUACGCGUCAUAGUGUCAAAGAUUACAACCUAAAAUUUAAUAUUGAAAGUUUUUUCGUUCUGCUUGUAUGAAAUAUAUAAAAUGAACAUCAUAUCGUGUUGGAUAUUAGUAAUAAGUGCAUUGAAAUUAGUAACAGCAGAAUGGAAUACAAAAGAUUAUAUGAAACGAGAACAUUCUUUAAUCCGACCAUAUCAAGGAUCUGGAAUGUCAAUACCUUAUUGGGAUUUUACGGGUAGUACAAUAGUAACGAAUAACUAUGUAAGAUUAACACCAGAUUUACAAAGUAAACAAGGUGCCAUAUGGAAUGCUGUUCCAUGUCAUGCAAGAAAUUGGGAACUUCAAGUUCAUUUUAAAGUUCAUGGAAAAGGAAAAGAUUUGUUUGGUGAUGGUUUUACAAUUUGGUAUGCAAGAGAAAGAAUGAAAUCAGGUCCUGUCUUUGGAAAUCAAGAUUACUUUCAGGGAUUAGCUAUAAUUUUAGAUACAUAUAGCAAUCAUAAUGGUCCACAUAAUCAUCAACAUCCUUAUAUCUCUGCCAUGGUCAAUAAUGGUUCUUUACAUUAUGAUCAUGAUCGUGAUGGAACACAUACACAAAUUGCAGGUUGUGAAGCAAACUUUAGAAAUCUUGAACAUGACACGCAUAUUAGUGUGAGAUAUGAAAGAGAUACAUUGACUGUUUCUACAGAUUUUGCAAAUAAAGCUGCAUGGAAGGAAUGUUUCUCUGUAAAAGAUAUAAAACUGCCUACAGGAUAUUAUUUUGGAAUUUCUGCAACAACAGGAGAUUUAUCUGAUAAUCAUGACAUUUUAUCUGUUCGUUUGUUUGAAUUAGACCUACCAGAUGAUCCUAAAGAUCAAGAAGAUAGGUCAAAUAUUUUACCAUCAGCUGCAUAUUUUGAUGCACCUCGAGGUAACAAACAAAAUUUGCAAAAUGCAUUUAAUAAAAUAUUCUUAUAUUCAUUACAAAUUUUAUUUACAGAACAUGUAGAUGAUCCAAAACAAUCCGCAUUAAGUAGAAUAAUGUUUUUCCUUUUAAUGCUCGUGGCUGCGCUUGCAUUAAUUGCCUGUGUGGUAAUAGGUAUUAUGUGGUAUCAGAAACAUCAAGAAAACAGUAGGAAACGUUUUUAUUAAAUCAAGGUGCGUUACAAACUAUUCUACUUUUAAAAUUCUCGUUUUUAUCGGUUCUUUCUAUAAAAAGAAAAAAAAAAAUAAGAUAUAAUCAUAACGUGUUCAUAAGACUGUUUCAAUAGAAUAACAAAUAUAACAUCCAUUAUCUCCAAGAAUGUCGUUUUGAGAGAUAUUUUAAUGGAAAUAUAUCAGCAAAGAAUAAAAUGAUCAUAAUAAUAUAUAAAUUAUUGCAGCAAUCGUAAGACGUGUCGAAUUAUAUCUGCUAUUCUAGUUCUAAUGUUUGCAUAAACAGAGUUCCUUUACCAAAGUUUUCACGUUCUUAAUUUGCUGCAAUUAAUCUUAUAGAAAUAAGUUGAUUUAUUCGCGUAAAAAUUAAACCGAUAUUAUUCCUCGAGUGAACUCUAUUUUAAAAAUACGUUUGCAAUUAUAAUAAAUUUAUUCUAAAAAACGAAAGUAGAAGAAUAAGUUCUUCAAACAAAUUUGCAGUUUAUCGUUGCCGCGAAAUACUACAUAAAUAGUUACAAUAUUAUCAUACAAAUAGAGAAACGAACUCUUUACAAAUAAUCAUGAAUUAUUUUAUAAAAGCGUUCUUUCUCGCUUUGACUUAUCUUUACCUCUAUAGAUUUGAUAUAAUUGAAAUGACUUUAUUAAUGUAGAUUUUAUAUUUGUACAUAAUGAAACUGAACAUUAUGAAUGUAGAAUAGUUGUAGAGUGAUUUUGUGCUAUACAACUCGUUUUAUACAAAAGAUAAAGGGAACCAAACUCUCAAAAUAAACAAUUGUUAAAAAACGUAAUAUUAUUAUUUGUGAAAAUAAUGUACGUCACUUGUUGCCAAAUACAAAAUAAAUAUGUAUUAAACCUUGUAAAAA